ACAUUUUGUUUUGGGACUCAUUAAUGUCUUUCUCUGGUACUUUUUUUCUCACUCACUCAACAACCACAAUAUAUAUAUCCACAACAAAAAUGGUUGCUUUUUUUGUCUGUUAUAUCAAAUCUUUAACUGGGUUUGAUUCUUUUUUCUUUUUAUGGUAAUGUUUCAGUUGCAACCUUUAACACCUGGAAGCAUACUGAAAGUGUUACUUGAACUGGAUUGAAAGUCACUUUUGUUUAUAGCUUGAAACUAUGUCUGCUUAUGCACAUCAAAUGGAGCAGCAGCACUCUGGAGAUAGUCUUUCAGACAAUUCUGAUACAUCAAGCCAUUAUGGUCUAGACUCCGGAUUCUACAUGUCAUCUUUUACAGCAACAAUUUUCCUUGCUUCGCUCGUCACUCUUGGAGUUUUACUCAUUACUUUGUUGGUUUCUUUGGUGAUUAUGCUGCAAUCAUGUCAAAGUAAAAAUACUGGAGUUAUUGAACUUGUGAAUGUAAAUGAUUACUACAGCUAUUGCAGGGUGUAUUCUCUGCAUGCUGAGAUCAAUAGCUUAGAAGGAUAUGAUCUUCCAGAUAUAUGUAGAGAUCUGGCUAUACAUUAUAUCAAAAGAGGGCAUUAUACCAAAGAGUUGAAUUUAACUGUGUCUAUGAUUGAUGAUUACUUCAAGAGUCUGAGACCUUCAGACAAUGGUUUGGAUGUGGUGUUGAUGGACAUAGAUGACAUUGUUCCUCCACACCCUUAUUCUUCCAAUUUGCAUCAGAGGUUUCAUAGGGACAGCAUUAGCAACUGUGUCAAAGAGGCAAAAGAUGUAAAGCUCGUGUUUAUUUUAAGGUUAUACAUGAACCUUCAAACUGAGGGGUGGUCUAUAAUUUUGGUAUCAAGAGAACCUGAAAUGUACCAAAAUGUCACCAUUAAUCAUCUUGUUUCUGCAGGAUUUAGAGAUUGGUCAUCUUUGAUGAUGAGAGCAGAAGAUUCAGAGUCUACCAAAGGGAAUGAGUACUUUUCUAGGCAAAGAAGUUUGAUACAGAAGAAGGGCUUCCAUAUAAAAAGUAUUGUAAGUAGCCAUUUGGAUGUGUUGAGCUCUCCAGAUACUCGAAUACGAAAUUUUCUGCUGCCGGUCCUUGUAUGCAACAAGUUUGAACAUCAGAUAGAGAGUUUAGAUACUGGACAUUAGUUUUGCAAUUCACCGUCCGUCCAUCAGGAAGACACAAGACAGAAUUACUAUGAGUACUUACUUAGGUUCUUUUUAUUAUAAACUAGAUUUGUUUUUGUUAAACAUUUGACAUAAUUACUACAUACAAUACAGUAUGUACUUGAGGGAUGA